AACGCAGCAUCACCACCGGGUUCUCCCUCUCUAUCUGGCCCGCCCUCCUCUUGCUUUCCUCGGCUAUUAGACACGAAGAGUCCGAUGCCCUGCUGGUGGAUCUGGGUGGUCUCCGGUAUUGGGAGGAUGAAACCGAAGUAAAGGAGCAGCUCCACCUCCUCCUCGUUCUCCUCUCCUCCAGCAGCAGCAGCGGAACUUGGCUUUCUGCUCUCAUACCGGCGUAGCCAUGGGGACCCCACCGGUCGGACUAGCCGUGACAUUGUGCUUAAUCCUGGAGUGCAUAGAAGCCAAGAAGUACUGCUGGUAUUUUGAGGGUGGAUAUCCCAUCUACUUUAUAUGUCGGUCCUAUGAGGACUGCUGUGGAACUCGCUGCUGUGUAAGAGCCCUCUCCAUCCAGAGACUGUGGUAUUUCUGGGUGCUGCUGAUGAUGGGGGUGUUGUUCUGCUGUGGGGCGGGCUUCCUCCUCCGUAGACGGAUGUAUCCCACCUCUCUGCGAGAUGAGCCAGCCUUUAACGUCUUCUUCACCAGGAACCCCGUCACCACGCCAGUUUCUCAGCAGCCAUCGGGUGUGCAGGGCUUUGGGGUAAACGGGACAACAGGAAGUGAGCCCGGGGUUGCAGUGACAAACCCUGCAUACCCUGUUCAUCCUGACCCCACCUACAGGAUGAUGGGCUCCUACCCACCUCCUCCGUCCUACUGCAACCACCCACCACCGUCAUACGAACAAAUUUUUCAAAACCACGACAAGAAGUGAAGGUUCUGAAGGGGUGGGAUUUGGACACCAAGCACAGACGAAGAGGAAGAAAACCAGCAGAAUCAACCGUUUGCAACUUGAAGGGAAGCAUUUGUGGACGAGAGAAAAGGAGGAGGAACACAAAGCCCAGACGGGUGAAACUGCUAGAGCGCUUAGGUAACUGGACCAUGUAAAUAUUUGUUCAGUGACCCGGUUCUGGCUGGUGUUUGGGGUCUUUUACGGUCAGAUCCUCCCAUCCGUCUCUCAGUACAAGUCCGUUUUUACCUUUACACUCUAGCUACCUUUUCCCAGUAUCAGUUUUACUGGGGUGGGGUGGGGGGGGGGGGCAUUUAUCUGGUCACUGAAGGACAAAACGAACCGUUCUCUACAGGACUGUAUUUGUUCGUGAACGUCACAUCACUAUUGCAAAGCACAAAUGUGAAGGAGUGAGUGAGCUUCCUUCUGGUCGACUGCUUCUGAGAAGAAAAUGGACACAUCUCUAGCGAGCUCCAGGUUUGAACUACCCCAACCCCCCGUAGGAUCACCAGAUGAGAGGCAGAGGACAUGUGGACAGGUCUCCUGCACCCUGCCUAGUGACAUAUCUAUUUAGGACAGAGUUAAGUUGCUAUUAGAUGACUGAUUGAUUAUUGUGCACAAGUGUUCUUUCGGACAUUUUAUUAGUUCCCCAUUCUGCUACUUUUCCAAGCUAUUCCAUACACUGUAUGGAAAUAAUAAAUGACUGCCAUGAUCCUUUGGUUACAAGAGAAAACCUCUGAUCUGCAAACUUUUUAUUUUCAGAUCUACAAUUGUGUGCACCACACAGCCGGGUCUAUAUAGCAUCUUAAUAUUUAUCAGUACCAUAGCAUUAUUAUUGGGCAAUAGUCACCAAACUGUGUCUGAUGAAUUGUAAAUAAAAAACAAAACAACAUCUGACAUUUACAAGCUAGCACCGACACGCCCAGAGCCAGCCAUCACAAUGGUGAAACGUGUAAUACCGAGGUGUUCCUCUUAGGCGUCAUCACAUACACGAUACAGCAGCCUUGUUAAUCUUCAUGAUUUUCCUGUAUAAAUCGUUGAUGGUUACAAUAAAAUAUUCCAGUUAAAUAUAUCAUCUAGGAGACACAGCUAGGUGAUGUUUGAGAAGUGAAACUAAGUUUAGAGGAUUUACAGAAAGUGUUCAAUAAUUGUUGAAACUAAAAUAGUCAGAUGCAUACAUUUGGGCACCACAAAAGGAAAUGAACUGAAUAUUUAGUAGAUCUUCCUUCAGCAGAAACAACAGCCUAUAAACUCUUACUGUAGCUUCUGGAUUCUGGUUGAAGGUCUUCUGGACCACUCUUCUUCACAAAACAUCUCUAGUUCAUUCAGGUCUGAUGCUUCUGAGCAUAGACAUCUCUCUUUACUCACACCACAGAUUUUCAAUAACAUUCAGGUCUGGGGACUGAGAUGGCCGUUCCAGAACAUUCUACAUGUUCCUCCGCAUGAAUGACUUGGAUGUUGAGCGGUGUUUAGGGUCAUUGUCUUGUUUAAAGAUCCAGCCCCGGUGCAGCUUCAGCUUUGUCACCGAGUCCUGGACGUUGGUCUCCAGAAUCAGCUCAUAUUGAGUGGAAUCCAUGUGUCCAUGCAAUGGUCACACAGCCCACAGCAUGAUGGAACCACCACCAUGUUAUACUGUAGGUAGCCGGUGUUUUUCUUAGAAUAUUGUGUUCUUUUGACCUCCAUACAUAACACCCCUUGUUCUGCCCAAAGAACUCAGUUUUUGUUUCAUCAGACCACAGCACCUUACUCCAGAAUGAAGCUGCUUGUCCAGAUGUGCUUCAGCAGAACUCAAGCAGCUCUUUUUGAGCUGUGGGUGAAGAAAAGGCUUCCUCUGCAUCACUCACACACACAACACCUCCUUGUGUAAUGUGCACCCAGUAGUUAAACGAUGCACAGUGACUCCAUCUGCAGCAAGAAGCUGUCGUAAGUCUCUGGUGCUGGUCUGUGGGAUGACUCUGCCUGUUCUCACCAUUCUUCACUUCUGUUUGUCCCAGAUUUAUCUCUGUCUGCCACGUGGAGCCUUCACAUGAACUUAACUUCCAUUUCCUCAAUAUGUUCCUAACUGUGGAGCCAGACAGCUGAAAUCUCUGAGACAGCUUUCUGUGUCCUUCCCCUCAACCACGAUGGUGAACAAUCUUUGUUUUCAGCUCAUGUGAGAGUUGUUAUAAGACUCCCAUGGUGCUGUUCUUCAGAGAAUAUUCACAAAGGAGGGAAACUUACAAUUGGACCCUUAAAAACUCUCUCAUACCUUGACUCACCUGUGUAUGGAGGUAAAAGGUCACUGGGCUUACCAAACCAAUUCUGAGUUCCAAUAUUUAGUUCUAAAGUUUUUGGAGUCAAUAAAAUAACAACAGUGUCCAAAUUUCUGCAUCUGCAUCAUUUAAUUAAAAAAAUUAUUACACACUUCCUGUAAAUCCUACAAACUUAGUUUCACUUCUCAAACAUCACUGUGUGUGUCUCCUAGAUGAUAUAUUUAACUAAAACGUUUUACCAUAACCAACCACUAAUACAGGAAAAUGAAGAAGACUAACAAGGCUGCCCUAGGUCAUCACAGAGCAUUUACUUUUAUCUACUGGGACAGUCCUAUUUUUAUUUUCACAGGUCGUAAAAUAAAAGACCUGUUUGCAUUAGUGCAAACCCCGGAGCACUACGGUUGUGUUGAGGAGAACAAGUAGACACAUCGUAGAGGAAACUACAGUGGUGUGAAAAACUAUUUGCCCCUUCCUUAUUUCUUAUUCUUUUGCAUGUUUAAUGGUUAAAUGUGUUUGUCACACAAAAUGUUUCUGAUCAUCAGUCAAAGGUAACACAAGUAAACACAAAAUGCUGUUUUGAAAUGAUGGUUUUUAUUAUUUAAGGAGAGAACACAAUCCGAACCUACAUUGCCCUGUGUGAAAAAGUCAUUGGUAAAAAGUAAAAGGAUUUUGUUCUCUCCCUAAAUAAUAAAAACCGUCAUUUCAAAACUGCAUUUUGUGUUUACUUGUGUUAUCUUUGACUGAUGGUUAAAUGUGUUUGAUGAUCAGAAACAUUUUGUGUGACAAACAUGCAAAAGAAUAAGAAAUCUAGAAGGGACCAAAUAGUUUUUCACACCACUGUACAAGCCACAGAUUAAUAAAAUGUGUCAUGAUUUGGUCUAGAAAAGCACACCAGAA